AUGUGUCACAUACAGCUUCACUGCCCGAGUACUUCGAAGACCCUUGACAACUUUGUCAUCGGUGCGUAUCAGAAGCCAGAGCAGGUCCUCCAGGGCGUGCGUCUGGCGCUGGACCUCAAGUUCGCAGCACUCUACACCGUCGACGCGAAGCCGAUCAGCGAUCCUAGCAAAACGCUGCAGGAUAACGAGCGUGUGCUUGUUGCUGCGAGUGCGACCGAGACCAUGUUGCCGGAUGCUGCGUACGGCUACGCUAUGUACGCUGGUGAAGAAGGCGAGGAUGUCGACAUCGAUGUCGAGGGAUAUGGAAUGGACUGGCAGGACCUCAUCGACCGCGAAAAGGCCGCCCAUAUUCUCAGCCUGGUAGAGACAAAACCGUCGACCCGAAACAAGCUACGCAUCACGCGUGAGUGUGGUGCGGUACGAGAAGAUCUCGCAGCUAUCACCCAGCAGGAGCUGGAUACCACGCCAGCAUCUACCACUGAUUCCGAGACCCUCAUCGAGGAACGGUGGGACAUUAAUCUCGAUGCGUUCCUCAAACAGAACACCAAACACGUUGCUGCUCUGGCGACAAAGUCGCACUUGACUUCUUCGUCGCUUUCCCCUUCGACCGUAUCCGCUCUCGCCGUCUUCUCGUCCAUGACACUUGGACAGCCACGUCUUGCGAGCGAAGUAUUGAGUGAAGCCUUCGUCAUGCGUCUGGACAAGGAGGAGGGCGAGGCCAAAGACCCUGUCCUGCGCGAAGAUGAUGUCAAGAACGCUGUAGAGAUUGUCUACGAACGGGCUGGUGUUGUCCCAGCGAAAUUGACGAAAGCCAAGACUGGAAAGACGAAAGACCGGAAGAGGGCGAAGGGGAAGGGCAAGAACGGGGGUGGCAGUGCGGGCUUGUGA